GUGUUCACGAGAAGAAUUUAUAUGAAUGCAGAGUUUCAUUUGAAGGCGCCAUAUGUCUAUGGUGGACUUCUUUUAUUAUGAAGGCUGAAGGUACAUUUCCGGUUUGGGUGUGUUUAAUUUCAGCAGCUUCACAGAAAAAAAACUGAGGGUGAGAAAAACUAACCAAUCACAAUGUUGACGGAUGUGACGUCAUGUUUUUUUUUUUUACCCCCAACGGAGCUAUUUCAGUGUGACACCUCAACAUGGAGCCAGAAGACAGAAUCACACCGAGCCGCGAAAACUGUGUUUAUACCAGCUGUUACUGUGAAGAAAAUGUUUGGAAACUCUGUGAGUAUGUCAGAACAGAGAGAACCACACCGCUGGAAGAACUGUUUGUGGUUUUCAUCUCAAAUGAGAACAGAAUGGUUCCUCUGUGGAAGCAGAAGUCUGGACGUGGAGACCAGCCAGUGAUCUGGGACUACCACGUGGUCCUGCUGCAGGUCAGACUUCAGUCUUCUUCUCUGGUUUAUGAUCUGGACUCUGAGCUGUCGUUUCCCUGCAGCCUGAAGCUGUAUGCUGGCCAGGGCCUCCGCUCAGACCGCAACAUCAAACCUGCGUACCACAGGAAGUUGCGUGUCGUCCCUGCUGAAAGCUUCCUGUUGAACUUUGCGUCCGAUCGAUCGCAUAUGAAGAACUCUGACGGGUCUUGGAAAAUGCCUCCCCCACCCUACCCCCCCAUACACACAACAGAGUGUCAGAUGAACUUGGAUGACUUCAUCAGUAUGAGCCCUGCUGUCGGCUGGGGGGAGGUCUUCAGUCUGGACCAUUUCCUGCAGAGACACAUGGGGGACUCUUCAUCAUCGUCCUCAUCAUCGUCUUCAUCAGCAGCAGCUUCAUCAUCAUAGCAUCCUCGCUGGAGAUCAGCUGUCAGUCGGCUCUAACAGCUGUAGAGACUUUAGAUGGAGUUUCUGUCCGAACUGAUCUAAUACUAAUAAAGUUAUAAGUUAUUAUUAUUAUUAUUAUUAUCAGUGGCAGAGCAGCAGUGUUUUUUCUCUGUUACCUGUUUAACAAACAUCUGCAGUCUGUAUUUAUACUGUGGACUGAGUCCUGUUUAGAUGCUCAGGAACCAUUUCUACUGCCACAGUGCCUUUUAUAUUAUUUAUUCAUUAUUAGCGUCCGUAGUUAUUAUUUAAUAACCCAGAAUAUGACUAUGGUGUCUUUUGAACACUAGAAAGGAUUUAUUGAACUAAAUGUUUGAGGGAAAAUUGAAAUGAUGUAACUCAUAUCAGGAAUUAUCAACCUCACAUGUGACUGAAUGAAAUGACGAUAAAUGAUGUAAAUAGUGUAACAGACAGACCCUCCUUCUCUCACUGACUUUAUUUUAGUAUCUUUAAUAAAAGUUAAUGGGGGAAAUAA